AUGUGGAUUGCCAACUGCAUGGAUACAGUGGGAGAUGCCAACAUCAGUUCUGGGAGGUCCUUUGUGUUGGGCUGGCCCACGGUAAACUUUGUGGCCACCUUCAGAUUCAGGCCAGAAGACCAUGAAAAGCACUGUUUUCAGAGACUGGGCCUUUUGGUGGCGCGCUGGCACUUGCCAGAAAAACCACUGCAGAGUUGCACCAUCUGCAAAACCACGACAACCAUUGGGGUUUCCCUCACAGGUAUCUGUGAUAAGGACAACUUGCCCUUCCCAAUACUGGAUAUGCUUUCCGUGAUCAAUCGGAAAGGACCACUCCUGGAAGGCAUCUUCAGAAAACCAGCCUGUAUAAAUUCAUGCAGAAACCUAAAAGAGAAACUAAAUUCUGGGGACAGAGUUAACUGUUACAGCAAAUCUGUUCAUGUGGUAGCAUGUGUUUUAAAGGAUUUUCUUGAAAAUAUCGAAGGAAGUUUACUUUCAUCCAAACUCUAUGAAAAAUGGCUUGGUGUUCUUAACGAAGUGACUGAGAAGGAAAAAAUAAAUGCAGCCCAGAGGCUUCUAACACAGCUGCCUAAAGCGAAUGUUGUUCUCUUGCGAUACCUUUUCGGUGUGUUAUACAACAUUGAGCAACAAUCCUCAUCCAAUCAGAUGACAGCUUAUGAUUUAUCAGUGUGUAUAGCCCCAAGCAUUCUUUGUCCACUUAAUUCCUGCAGCUUGGAAUUGGAAGACAACUUCAUUAAAAAGGCUUCUCUUGUACAGUUUUUGAUCGAAAAUUGCCUCAAGAUAUUUGGAGAAGACAUCACUUCUCUCUUGGGAGAGAAUUCAAAGAGUUGUCAUAACAAUGAGAAGGCUGCAGAUUCAGUCCAGAACAAGUUGAAAAGCACUUCUUUUAGAGACUCGGCCUUUUGCCAGCGCAUUGGCACUUCCCAGUACAACCAGUGCACAGCUCUACUGUCUGCAAAACCAGGACAGCUCUUUGGAGUUUCCCUUACGGAUAUCUUUGAUAAGGACAUCAUGCCCUUACCAAUACUGGAUAUGCUUUCCUUUAUCAAUGAGAAAGGACCACUCACAGAAGGCAUAUUCAGAAAACCAGGUAGUAUAAAGUCAUGCAGAAUCCUAAAGAAGAAACUGAAUUCUGGAGACAGAGUGAGGCAUUACAGCAAAUCUGUUCUUGUGGUAGCAUUUGUUUUAAAGGAUUUUCUUGAAAAUAUCGAAGGAAGUUUACUUUCAUCGGACCUCUAUGAAAAAUGGCUUGGUGUUCUUGACGAAGUGACUCAGAAGGAAAAAAUAAAUGCUGCCCAGAGGCUUCUAACACAGCUGCCAAAAGUGAAUGUUGUUCUCUUGCGAUACCUUUUCGGUGUGUUAUACAACAUUGAGCAACAAUCCUCAUCCAAUCAGAUGACAGCUUAUGAUUUAUCAGUGUGUAUAGCCCCAAGUAUUCUUUGUCCACCUAAUUCCUGCAACUUGGAAUUGGAAGACAACUUCAUUAAAAAGGCUUCUCUUAUACAGUUUUUGAUUGAAAAUUGCCUCAAGAUAUUUGGAGAAGACAUCACUUCUCUCUUGGGAGAGAAUUCAAAGAGUUGUCAUAACAAUGAGAAGGCUGCAGAUUCUGACCAGAACACCAAGGAAAGCAGUGCUUUCACAAACUCGUCCUUUGGCCACUGUGCUGGCACUUGGCAGAACAACCAGUGCACAGCUGCACCGUCUGAAAAAUCAGGACAGCUCUUUGGAGUUUCCCUCACGGAUAUCUUUCAUAAGGACAACUUCCCCUUCCCAAUACUGGAUUUUCUUGAAAAUAUCGAAGGAAGUUUACUUUCAUCGGAACUCUAUGAAAAAUGGCUUGGUGUUCUUGACGAAGUGACUGAGGAGGAGAAAAUAAAUGCAGCCCAGAGGCUUCUAGCUCAGCUGCCAAAUGUGAAUGUUGUUGUCUUGCGGUACCUUUUUGGAGUGUUAUACAGCAUUGAGCAAGAAUCCUCACCCAACCAGAUAACACCUUAUGAUUUAUCAGUGUGUAUAGCCCCAAGCAUUCUUUGUCCACCUAAUUCUGGCAGCUUGGAAUUGGAAGAGAACUUCGUAAAAAAGGCUUCUCUUAUACAAUUUUUGUAUGAAAAUUGCCUCGGGAUAUUUGGAGAAGACAUCACUUCUCUCUUGGGAGAGAAUUCAAAGAGUUGUCAUAACAAUGAGAAGGCUGCAGAUUCUGUACAGAACACCAAGGAAAGCAGUGCUUUCACAAACUCGUCCUUUGGCCACUGUGCUGGCACUUGGCAGAACAACCAGUGCACAGCUGCACCGUCUGAAAAAUCAGGACAGCUCUUUGGAGUUUCCCUCACGGAUAUAUUUCAUAAGGACAACUUCCCGUUCCCAAUACUGGAUUUUCUUGAAAAUAUCGAAGGAAGUUUACUUUCAUCGGAACUCUAUGAAAAAUGGCUUGAUGUUAUUGACGAAGUUACUGAGGAGGAGAAAAUAAAUGCAGCCCAGAGGCUUCUAGCUCAGCUGCCAAAUGUGAAUGUUGUUGUCUUGCGGUACCUUUUUGGAGUGUUAUACAGCAUUGAGCAAGAAUCCUCACCCAACCAGAUAACACCUUAUGAUUUAUCAGUGUGUAUAGCCCCAAGCAUUCUUUGUCCACCUAAUUCUGGCAGCUUGGAAUUGGAAGAGAACUUCGUAAAAAAGGCUUCUCUUAUACAGUUUUUGUAUGAAAAUUGCCUCGGGAUAUUUGGAGAAGACAUCACUUCUCUCUUGGGAGAGAAUUCAAAGAGUUGUCAUAACAAUGAGAAGGCUGCAGAUUCAGGCCAGAAGACCACUAAAAGAAGUCUUUUCAGAAGGUUAGCCUUUUGGUGCUGCGGUGGUAUUUGCUGGAACAAGUGCACAGCUGAGCCUUCUGCAGAACCCAGAGAGCGCUUUGGAGUUCCCUCUCGCGGAUAUCUGUAGUAAUGACAACUUGCCCUUCCCAAUUCUGUGACAGAAAAACCACCUGUUGAAUCCAAGCCAGUGAGAGAGAGAGAGUGAUUUCCAAAAAGGCACAACUGCAGAAUGCUACCAAGUCCCCAUCUGGCAUGGGUCCAUCCACCUACAUGUCUAUAGUUUACUAAGUCAUUGAAGACUGGAAUCUCCAUAAUGAUACUUGACACUUCCUUUUUCUUUAUUCUUCCCAUGAGUGAAAAAUGAACCCCUUCCACGAUCCAGCUAUUUCCAUUUAAAGGUUUUUCAUUGGUCCCAUAUAUUCAUAUUGAGGAAAUCUUCCCACAAAUUAUUUCCUCUAUCUUCAAUGCCUACCAUAUCUAUCAUAUUACAUAGUUUUGUAUUGUGUUGUGUUGUAUGUAUUUAUAUGAAUAAUAAUCAUUCCAUAACUCAGUAAGCUUGACAACCAUUUCCUUUGGCUAUGAUUCACAUAACACUUCAGUGGAGGCUCAUCUGAGCAGUUCUGGUCUCAGCUGAGGUCACCAGUGCACUUGCAGUUAGCCUCAAGCUCCUCUGGAGCUUACCUAGGUGUCUGUCUAUUGGCGCUGUCUCUCAAUUGGUCCCCAUGUCUUCAAUAAGGUAGCUUCUCCUCCUUUCAUAUGGUGGAGGAAGAGUUCCCAGAAGCAAGAGGGACUUUUCAAGAGUUAAUGUGGGAGAGGACUGUGCAAAGGACCACGCCAAAGGUGGUGGUUUACAAGACGAGGAGGCAAUAUUUCUUGAGACAACACAUCAUAAAACUCACUGCAGCACCAGUACCACACAUAUCCUUUCCUUCACUGGCUUUUCAUCCUCAGUUCUCCACACCAGCAUUUCCUAAGUAGUAUUCCAAGCAUGAAAGAAAGUUACUCACAGGCUACCAGUAUAAGAAAACUAUUUCUCAAAAUUGGUGGAUCAAUUACCAUGAUGAAUCUCUCUCUCUCUCUCUCUCUCUCCCUCUCUCUCUCUAAUAACACUCAGUUUUUAUUCAUACGAGGAACAUGUAAGAAUUUGGUGAAUGGAAUAUAUACCAGUACAAGAAACCAGCUUUUUUUCAGAGAGCACUGAACAAUGCCUUUUAUAUUUUUCUGUAAUUCUUUCUAUGCUAGUCGAAUGGGCCAAUAAAUACUCUGAAGAUUUAUAGUGGA